AUGGACCUAGCACACGGAGCUUUGGUUGUGGCUCUCCUUGCAGUAAUCGGUGUGACGACAAGUUUUACCAAGAGGAAAGCCCAAGGACACCCCCCUUUACCUCCUGGUCCGAAGCCCCUGCCUAUCCUUGGCAACCUGCAUCGCAUGAACACUGACUAUCCUUGGAUCACAUACAAAGAAUGGAGUGAUAUCUAUGGUGACAUUAUAUACUCUCGUAUCCUCAACCAGGACGUAAUCAUCUUGAACUCUGAGAAGGUAGCGCGAGCGCUUCUUGAGAAGCGCUCAAGCAACUAUUCUGACAGACCCCGUUUUGCUACCGUGGAAUUGUUUGGUAUUGCGUUCAGGACGGUCAUGCGAAGCUACGGUGAUGUUUGGCGCAGGCACAGGCGAAUAUUCCAUCAAGCCUUUCGCCCUGAAGCCGCUGUGAUCUACAGACCUAUGCAGCUUCGCAAGGCGCGCCAGCUCUUGGUCGAUCUUCUGCAUGACCCCGCUAAAUAUGAAACGCAUCUGGAAACUCACUCAGCAUCCAUCGUCAUGUCCGCUGUUUAUGACUACGAGACGAAACCCAAUGAUCCACUCGUUUCCAUGAUUCGAGAGGCAAUGGAUAGAAUCAUUCAUGCUGAGACUCCAGAAAAGACGGCUAUCAUUGAUUCCUAUCCUGCCUUGACCUUAAUCCCUGCCUGGUUUCCUGGAGCAUCAUUCAAGCGUCAUGCUUUGGAACUGAAGAGCGUUCUCAAGGAUAUGGUUGAAAAACCAUUCGAAUAUGCAAUCGACAGAAUCUCUUCUGGGUUAUCUGCCUCCUCCAUGGUCUCCGAAGGACUCGCGCGAUUUCAAGGCGACCCAUCCUUUGAGUUGGCCAUCAAAGAGUCCAGUGCAACCGCAUUCGGGGCUGGUUCCGAGACUACACAUUCAGCCCUACUGGUCUUUAUACAAGCGAUGACUCUCAAUCCAGAAGUUCAAAAGCGCGCUCAAGCCGAAAUUGAUCGUAUCGUAGGAUCUGAAAGACUCCCCGACUUUGGUGAUCGCGCUUCUAUGCCAUACAUUGAAGCUGUCCUGCGCGAAACAUUGAGGUUCCAUCCGAUUGCACCUCUCGCCGUACCUCAUGCUGCCGUGAACGACGACGUGUAUGAAGGAUAUUUUAUCCCGAAAGGAAUUACUAUUGUGACCAACGUCUGGGCAAUGACGCAUGAUGCAACCAAAUACCCCGCUCCUUUCGAAUUCAAGCCCGAACGAUUUUUCACGUCGUCUGGCGACCUGAAUGAUGAUUGCGUCACUCCUGUCUGGGGCUGGGGACGACGCAUAUGCGUGGGUCGUUACAUUGCAGACGCAUCUUUAUGGUCUGCGAUCGCUUCCAUGCUCGCCGUCUUCGAUUUCUUGAAAGCUACGGAUGCAAAUGGAAAAGAUAUCGAUUUUGAACCUCGGUGGACUUCCGGAAUUGCGUCGCGUCCCAUGACCUUCCCGUGUCAGAUUGUCCCUCGGCGACGGGACAUGGAUGUAGAGAAGCUGACGUCCUUGAUUGCCACCACUGUGUGAUUCCUGAAUUAUGACGUGCAACUUAUUUUCUGGCACUCUUAUACUCUUGAAUUUGGAACUUUCACACUAACUCGAAUAAUAUUAUGCUGCCUUACGUGGUAUCCCAAUACAAGCAAACUUGAAAUGCCCGUUCUGGUGAGACAAGUGGCGAAAGAUCCGGUCAAGACGUGCUCUAAGCUUGCCAAAGCAACAUUGGCGGAGAACGUCACAUGUCGCCC